UCCUCCGAGUACGACCCCGAGAAGCACGAGCAGGACUCGCUCGCCAAGCAGAAGUCCGGCAAGGGCCACUGGAAGCCCGAGCUCGCCUCGGAGAGCGAGGAGGCCGUCAAGGCCGACCGCAACGAGCACGAGGACAUCAGCAAGCUCCAGGAGCGCACAAAGGCCGCUGCCGAGGAGAACAAGAAGGCCGGCACCAGCAUGCGCGACGGCAUGUAA